AUGGGGUAUAAGCAGCUGGGUGUUAUCUGUCAGCCCCCAUGGGGAGUGAAAGGGACACCCACCUGGAAGGCUACCUGGCAUAGCACAUCAGAGCGGAUCGAGUUUGCUUCAACACCAUGGCCCUUACCAACGUUAUUGUUAUUGACUGUAAAUGUCUCAGUAUUUUUGCUCAGUGGAAUGUGGCUUGACAGAUUAAUUAUAUGUUAUCAGGCAGUUGAAGAUCAACUAAAGAUAUGUGGCCACAAAAGGGAUGCUGAUGUCUUUGAGCUCUUCCUUUCUCAAAAGGAACUAACAGAGGUCAUUGAUCUUUCUAGGUUCAAAAAAUUAAAAUACUUAUGGCUACAUCAUAACAAGCUCCAUGGAAUAACAUUUCUAACAAGAAACUAUUGUCUGACAGAACUGUAUCUUAACAACAAUGCGAUCUUUGAGAUAGAAGGCCUCCACUAUUUGCGUUCAUUGCAUAUCCUCCUGCUACACCACAAUGAGUUAACAAGAAUUGAUGCAACUGUGAAGGAAUUAAAGGGGAUGCUAAAUCUGAAGACCCUAAGUCUCUAUCAGAACCCUUUGAGCCAAUACAACCUGUACCGUUUAUAUAUAAUCUACCAUCUCCCAGGAAUAGAGUUGCUGGAUCGAAAUCAAGUUACAGAAAAAGAAAGAAGAUCAAUGAUUACCAUUUUUAACCAUAAAAAGGCACAUGUUAUUCAAUCAAUAGCAUUCAGAGGAAAAGUAGAUGCAUCAUGGAAUCCUAAAUCACCAUUUAAGAAAAAGUCAGCCCAGAGACUACCUUCAGAUUUUACAUUUGCGAAUAACGUAGAUAAAACUUUGUUUGAUGACCCAGAAGAUGCUGUUUUUGUAAGGUCUAUGAAGAGAUCACUGAUGGCAAUUACCUCUCUGAAUUGGGACACAGUUCCAACAAGAGAGGAAAAAUACCUUGAAGAAAAAGAAACAGAACCUGCUCAAAUGCUCACAAUUACACUGAGAUAACCUCUGGUAUUUUUAGAAAUCCUAGUGGGUAUCAGUAGUAAAUUAAAAAUCCUUGUGAUUUAGCAUGUUAUAUAUUUAUUAUAUCACCGAAGCACUGAAAUGGAAACAAACACCAUUAAUGAAAAAUAAUCCCUAUGUUUUAUGUGAAGUUUGUUUAAAUAAAACAUAUAGAAAUGUACACACAAUUGUUCAGCUUAACACAUUUUUUAAAAAUUAAGAUGUUCAUGUAACUUACAUCCUAGAUUUAGCAACAGAACAUUUCCAGACUCUAACAGCCUCCUCAUUCCUGUUACCAGUUCUAUUACCAGUAACUACUUACCCUUCAAAAGUAAUCACUGUUCUGAAAACCAUAAAUUAAUUGUGUCUGGUUUUGGUUGGCAUAUAAAUGAAAUCCUAGAAAUGGAUUUUGUCCUUUUUCUUUUUCUCAACAUUGUAAAACUUACUCAUGCUGUAGCUAGUAGCAAAAUAUUUAUUCUCACUGCAUGUAGUAUUCUACUAUACAGUGUGAGUAUAUACUCAUGAACCUCUUAAAAAUUAUUUUGGUCAAUGAGUGGUCCCUAUAUGGUCCUUUGGUGCGUAGUAGGCUAUACUUCCUAGAUUCGGGUAAGUGUGAUUAAAAAUGAUGUGUGACUCUUUCACAGAUUAACCAGUCCACUGUUUUUUAUUCUUGCCUUUGGGGGCAAUUGUGUGGGCCAAUGGCCUAAACUUGAUUUAACCAGAAUCUUGUUGCUAGGGAGUAAGAAACCAGAAAAGUUUUCUGUAAUUGAUGAGACAAAACUAGAUAUUUAAGGUCACUCAAAUACAUUGCCAGUUUCCCCAGGUAAGCUAAAGAGAUCCAAAAGGAGAGUGACAUUUCCCUAUUAUCUGAUAAUAUUUUAGACAUGAUCACACUGUAACACAGACACAUGACCUUGACAUGCUGUACAAGUAGAACUAAAAACAAGCAAGAUAUGAAAGCCCAGGGAGGAGGGAACAGUCACUGAGAAUAUAUAUAACCUCCGUUCACCUGUGGGAACUUAUGAUUCUGUGCAGUCUUGAGUUUCAAAAUUCACAUGUAGCCCUUGGGUACAGGUUGUGGCUGGGACAUAUAAAAAGCAGAGUUUCGCAUCGAUGUGGGUAAGUAGUUAUCAAGGCAAAGGUGAUGGUGUGUUUGCUGCUUCCAUGAUUAGAUCACUGGAAAACUGUCUCCUCAAUUAUGUAUUCUGCAGGAAUCCAUUGCCUUGCCAUGUUGUCACUUAAGCAGUCCUGUAGAAAGGUCCCUGUGAUGACUCAAACGUUAGGGAGGAACAAAGCCUUCUGCCAACAAUCAUGUGAGGAGUCAUGUUGCAAGCAGAGUCUCCAGACCUACUUAAACCUUCAAAUGAUUACAGCCCUGCUCAAAACAUUCCACACUCUUGUCAGAAACCCAACACCAGAACCACCCCGUUAAGACAAUACUGGAUUUCUGGCCUACAGAAUAUAGAAGAUAAUCUUAUUGACACUUUAAGCUGAUAAAAUUUGGGGCACUGUACUACAAGCAAUAGAUAAUGAAUACUAGAACCCUUCAUAUUCUACAGUUCUAGAAUUUGUGGUAGGUACAGAUACCUUGUAAAGAAAGCUCUGAAAGGAAAGUUGUAGCAGAGUCUCCGUGGGUUUAUGAAUAAAGACCUACCUUCUACAUCAUGAAACUAGUCAUCAUGCAGACAUCAGUUCUAGGCACGCUGCUGAUCCAGCCAGUACUGAGUCUGACCAUGAAUUAACCAUUGACUGAAGUUAUUCCAAGUGAACUGGGUAUUACUGGAACCAUCAAGAAAUAAUGUUGGGUAGGAACAGCAACAAUUCAUGGUGGAAACAGAAUAAAGUUUAAGCUGGCCUGUAACUUGCAUAAGCAGUGUUGAUU